AUGUUUCCGGUAUUUUGCUGUGGUAGCAUUGAUUUAAUGAUUAAGAAUAUUGAUAAUUUAGCUGAUACGCGAGUGCAAACCUCGGCUGUUAGUAACCCAUUUGAGUGUAGUUCUGCUAUUCAUAUCCAGAGUAGUUCCUUUUUGCUGAACUCUAAAGUUGAUAUUUUUGCCGAUGAUGACAUUAAUACUAACUUUGAAAGCCAGGUUGGAAGCAAAUUACAGAAGUUGGAAGAGCUGCAAGCCAUAGAGCGAGAGGAAGAAGCCUUAAGACAGAGGAGGGAGAAGCUUAGGUUGGAGGCAGAGAUAGCUGAGGUGGUGGCAGAGGAGAAGGUUUUACAACAAUUUGACGAAAAUAAUAGAGAAAUAGCUCCCGUCACUAGGAUAAGGGAACACAUAGACCCUGACAUAGACAGGAGUGAACAACCCAUGGGCUUAGGUGCAGUAGCGCCUGAAGUUAGCUCAGGUGGGAAUAACCAAGGUGACUUAAGUAAUAAGGAAAUCUUGCAGACAUUAAUCUCUUGCAGCCUCAAAGGCUUGAUGCCCAAGCAGGAUAUGGCUAAGUUUGAUGGAGAUUAUACAAAGUACUUUAGGUUCAUCCGCUCAUUCGACGACAUAUUUAGCAGCCAGCUGACAAAUGAUAAGGAAAGGCUGAGGUAUCUGGAUUUAUACACAACAGGUAGGCCUAAUGAGAUAGUGGCAGUUUGCCUCCACUUAGAUGCUUCAGAGGGCUAUAGGCAGGCAAGAAAAUUGCUGGAGGAGCGAUACGGCAACCUUGAGCAAAUAGCCACCGCAUACGUGGAUAAGGUAAUCAAAUGGAAGGACAUGGGGGAGAAUAAUGCAGAGGACUUUGAUGAGUAUGCGGUGAUGCUAAAAACCUGCAGAAAUGCAAUUUCGUGCGUCCCUUAUGGUGUCGCCGAAUUGCAGAACCCAAAAACGAUGAGGUUGAUCCUGAGCAAAUUCCCAUCUAGUGUGCGGGACUGA